AUAAACGGUUUCAACUAACCAAUGAAUUCACAAACAUCAAUUCAGUCGGGUCUCCAACGUGGAAGAAAGGUUGGUCGUGAUGAAAGUUCCCCGUUACAGCAGUAAAAACUCCAAAACAAUGUGUUUGUGUAGCAAUUUCCCAAUUAUUCCUUCCUUGCUUCUCCUCUUGAUCCUCAUCGGAGAUACGAGGGAGGAUGAUCCAUCAUCAAACCUCGUAAUCUCCAUUGAGUUUUCGGCCCCGAAAUUCUUCCGGAGAAGAAUUGGGAAAAUAGAAAACGAAAUUAAGCAAAGAAAAUGGAGGAGAAGGGUUCGUCAAAGAUGUACGUGGAGGCGGAGAGCAGGCAGGGGUCGUCGCACUGCCUCGAGAUGUUCUCUGUGGAAGUGGACAAUGUGAAGCAGGAUCUGAUGACUCUGGAGAGGCUGUACGACAGCCUUCAGGAAUCCAAUGAAGAUAUCAAAAACGCAGAGGAUUCAACGAUGAUGAGAGAAAUCCGAGGCCGCCUCAACACCGACCUCGACCACCUAUUCAAGCUGGCUAAGCAGAUCAACAAGAAAUACGAGGGCCUCAUUCGCGCCAACGCCGCCCAGCGCGGCUCCGCCGACGACCAGGUCCGAGCCUCCAUGAUCUCCGACGUCGCCGACGCGCUCCAGUUCCUCAUGCGCAGGUUCCAGUCCCUCAGGACCCAAAUGGAGACCGAUCACAGGCAGAUCAUCGAGGCCAAGUUCUACGCCAUCACGCGGGAGAAGGCGACGGCGGAAGCCAUCGACAACCUGAUCGCGAGCGAGGCGGCCGGGAGUCCAAUCCACCACGCGAUUCAGGAGCUGGGGAGGGACCCGGUGGCGGAGGCGGUGGCGGAGAUACAGGAGAGGCGCGACGCGAUGAGGGAGAUCCGGAGGAACCUGAUGGCGCUGCACCAGGUGCUGCUGGGCAUAGCCGCGCCGGCCGCAGCGGAAGGACAGGGAGGCGUGAGCAGAGGAGCAGCUGCGGAUGCGGUGGUGGAGGGUGGGGCAGUGGCAGUGGCGGGCGUAUUAGGCGGAGGAAAGGGCGGAGGGACGGGGGGACUCAAUGAUUACGAGAAGGAGACCCGAAAUCAAGCUUAUAUUGCUAUAGUCAUUGCUUUGAUAAUUAUCACCGCACUCGUCAUCUCCAUUCUUAAAGUUGAUAUUCAAUUGGAAAAUAUGUAAUGCUGCUGCUACACUAUAUUACUUCACUUCUCUAUCAUAUAUGAUCAUGCUUCAGAAAUUACUUUCAAGAUUA